AGGGAAUUUUUGGGACAUCUUUGAUAGUGAGUAACGUAGUUGAAGUGAGUUAAUCGAGGAUGAUGUCUUGAAGAAACAAUUGUCUGCGGAGAGCUUCAUGAGCCACGAUUGGCCAGAAGGAGCACAGACCACCACUGACUAUUUUCAUCCCGCAUCCGCCAUUUUUUCUUUUCUUCCUCUUCCUCUAUCUCCAGUCCUUUUGUCUUCUUCAUUGAAGAUGUCAAUCUUUCCUAACAAACCUUCUAUUUAUUAUAACUCACCUCCAUGAGCUGGUCCACCGGGGGAUUCAACUCAAAUUAACCAUCAAUCACCAUGCGAGGUGUGCAGAUCUUCUCAGGGACAUCCCACCCGACCUUGACAGAAUCUAUCUGCGAGCGUCUAGGUGCUAUCCCCGCACCUGCUGAGCUCCGGAAAUUCAGCAAUGGAGAGACACUGGUCAAUAUUGGUGUCUCAGUUCGAAACCAAGAUGUGUAUAUUGUGCAGAGUGGAAGCAGCAAGAUCAAUGACAGUCUGAUGGAGCUUCUGAUCAUGAUAUCUGCCUGUAAAGGCGGGUCAGCCAAGACAAUAACCGCUGUCAUGCCGUAUGUUAGCCAUGUUCUGAGCGUUAUAGGGAUUACCGUCUUACACUGAUACAAGCUAUUUUCCCUACUCGAGACAAUCGAAAAAGAAGAGUCACCGAGGUGCUAUCACAGCGCGAAUGAUUGCAAAUCUACUCACUAUUGCCGGUGUCGACCAUGUUAUUACCUUGGACUUACAUGCGUCUCAAAUGCAAGGCUUCUUUGCGAAACCAGUCGAUAACCUUUUCGCAGAACCUUUGAUAGCCCGCUGGAUCCGUAUGAAUGUGCCCAGCUGGAGGGAUGCGGUCGUUGUCAGCAAGAAUGCUGGUGGUACAAAGCGAGUGACGUCGCUUGCGGAUACCUUGAAGCUUAAUUUUGGCAUUGUCACAACAGACCGACGCAGGCCCAAAAAUAAUGUGUCCAUGUCAGAUAGUAUGGUCUUUUUUGAUACCAUAGAGAGAGGGAAUCACUCUCGGAGAUCGAUGGGCCUCCUUGCUGUCGACCAAGACUCAGCUGUGGAUGAUUAUUUUCUCUCCAGAUCUGCGGAUACGCUAAGGCCGGAAACUCCUCCAUCCGCUCGGCGACCUUCCGAGUUGGAAGCUGCAGAACAUACGACCGAUGAAAGAGCUCGAGAAGUGAUUACAGGACGUAUCGUACAAGGACACCUUGUUGACGAAGACUUUGUUGAUGGGUCACAAGUGGCCACUCCUCUCCCCCCAACUGGUUCCGAAAAUGGUGACAGUGUGAACAAUGAUCAUAUGACGUCCUCUUUUAUGUCUGUUGCUUCAUCGCAUGAGGGUCAUGCUCUGGGCGGCACUUAUGAUGCUGCUGAAUCGGACGAUGAUGACCCAGCGGUGCCGGCACCCAAUCAUGAUGAGAAAACCAUCACCUUGGUUGGAGACGUCAAGGACAAACCUGUUUUCAUUAUUGAUGAUAUGAUUGAUCGAAGUGGAUCAUGGAUUACUGCUGCUGAGACGGUAGUCAGGGGAGGCGGUGCAAAGACAGUAUACUGCAUUGCUACUCAUGGGUUGUUCGGUGACAACUGCCUAGAGGAAAUGGAGAGUAGCGAUGCUAUUGAUCAUAUUGUUGUCACAAAUUCGUUUCCCAUUCCUCCAGAAAAGAUGCGUCUCUCGAAGAAGCUCCAUGUUAUUGACGUGUCUGCUUUGUUAUCAGAGAGCAUCCGACGUCACCACUAUGGCGAAAGUAUAUCUGCUCUGUUCCAAUUAACGGAUUAGGGGACAUCGAGUGGCCAGGGGCUCAAUGCACGAAUUGAUGAUAUUCAUGACGAAUAGGUGAAAGACGUUGCUUUUACUCUUUUUUAUACUUGACUCUGUGUAUAUUCUUUACUCAUUUUUGUUUACAGAGCCCAGAUUUGCAUGAGUUUUUAUGACAGUCUCAAGCAAAGAUAGUGUAUUUCUAUAUGAAAAAAACUUCAAACACCGUUACCCUUACUUAUCCCAUCUGAAAAUCAAGUGUUCACACUUCGAUUUACCCAGCGAUGCAGGGCCACUAAGGGCCCUGCAAGGACAUCUUGCUAUUGAAACAAUGAUGUCCUUAACGGAGCGUUGGAAGAGCAACAUAAACAGGAUUCUAGGUGAUGUCUUUUUCUUUUACGACUCUUAGUGGUAUUUGAAACGGCUAUUACUUGGGUUCUGCCACGGAGAACGAAGGCAUUACUUUCGGAUCUUUUGGGUCAAUGGAAGAAAUGCAAGAGAACCCUCCGAACAUAUCGAUGCACAUCGUUAAACUACGUAGC